CCAAAACAGGACGCGUCGAGUGUCGGCGGAGACGCGUCGAUGACUCAGCAGCUCAAAUGGUGAUCGCCUCGAGGCGCUGGUGCGCGAUCGUCUUCCGCCGCUUGCAGCUUGACCUUGAACAAAUCCGUGACAUCUGCUCUUCUCUCUCGACUCUUCUCGCUCCAUCACCAUGUCCGGCAUCUGCAGAGCACGUCUGGCCGAAGAACGCAAACAGUGGCGCAAGGACCAUCCAUUCGGGUUCUACGCCAAGCCGGCGAAAGCGGCGGAUGGAUCCAUGAACCUGCUAGAGUGGGAGGUUGGAAUCCCGGGUAAACAGGGGACGCCUUGGGAAGGGGGGGUAUAUAAACUCAUGAUGAUCUUCCCGGAAGACUACCCGUCAAAGCCGCCAAAAUGCAAGUUCACUCCACCACUCUUCCAUCCUAACGUCUACCCUUCUGGCACCGUCUGUCUAUCGAUUCUCGAUGAAGAGAAGUCAUGGAAGCCCGCCAUCACCAUCAAGCAGGUGCUGUUGGGGAUUCAGGACCUGUUGAACGACCCCAACGUGAACGAUCCUGCACAAAGUGAUGCCUACACGAUGUUUAAGAAUGACAGAGUUGCCUACGAGCGGAGAGUGAGGCAGCAGGCCCGAGAGAAUAUACCCAAGUAGUAACAGCAUGCAGAAUUUUGCCUUCGCUGUGUAUUUUGCCUCGUACUUAUCUUGCUGGUGUAUAUUCAUAGGGUUUCAUUGGUCUCGUCUGCACUCUGAUGAUGGCCGACAAACUGGCGAAGCCGAAUACUGUAGUGCGGUCUGUGUUCUCAAAGCUCAGGACGCAGCAUGCAUAGCUCAGAAGUACAUCUACUAUACAUGUCUAACCGGGUUUGUGCAGAUUCG